AUGGAAGAUAGGACUAAUUAGCUUAUGAACUUUGUGCUAAAUGAUUAAAAGCAUUUAAGAAGAUACCUUGAGUCUCCUUCAGUUUUUAAGCAAUAAAAAAAGUCAUUAUUAAAAUAAGAAUUAAAUACUAAUUCAAAACCCCUUCUAAAAGGAUAGUUUUUUUCCUACAGCAAGUUGCUCAAGAAUUUCAAAUUAUUUUAUUUUGAACUCUACAAUAACAUUCUCAUAAAAUACUAAGAUAAAACUAAGGCUCCUCCUGUUGAGCACGUAUAUCUUCAGUAUUGCUAAAUUGGUGAGGAGAAUGAAAUAAUUGGUGAUAGUGUAGCUUAUGGCAUUACUCUUUAAAAUGAAGAAGAAAUAGCAAAACUCGUUACAGACAAAUUCAAUAGUCAUAAGGUUUGGAUGAAGGCUUUAAGAAAAUUUUGUAGAUAAACUAACUUCACUCAUAGAUAUAAGGUAGAAACUAGAAUGUACGAUCAUUUUUAUAGAUGCGUAGAUAAAAAGAAGAAAAUGUAUGCAGCUGUAAAAAUAGUAAACAAAAAAGGACUCAAACCAGAAUAAAAAUAAUUUGUAAAUUAAGAAAUACAAAUAUUUAGGAGGAUUUAGAGCCCACUUCUCCCUCGUUUAAAAAAAAUAUAUGAAGACGAAAGCUAUAUUUACAUGACGUUUGAGUACUUUUAAGGAGAAGAUUUAUUUAGAAUAGUUUGUGCAUCUAAAUUAGAAGAAAUAGCUAUUGCUACUCUCACUCAUCAUGUUCUGAAAGGCUUAAAAAGUCUUCAUUCUUAGAACGUUUUUCAUGGAAAUCUUAAGUUAGAAAAUAUUAUAUUUGGUGCUACUUAAAGAGAAGAAAACGAGAUCUUCUUAAUUAAUUUGAAAUACAAUGAAGAAAUUACAGAAUUUUAUCGUGAACGUCUCAUAAAGAAAGGAACAAAUUUAUACGUAGCACCAGAAGUUCUGGAGGGUGGUAAAAUAGGACCUGAAAUGGAUAUGUUUGCUUUAGGAGUGUGCGUUUUUUAUAUGGCUUUUGGAAAAUAUCCAUAUUCUCGUAUUGAAAAAAUAACAUAAACCUCAUCUAAUACUCCUAUUACUAACAAUACAACUGGAAAUUAAAAUGGUUAACAAAAUAAUUAAUAAAAUAAUUAGACUAACUCAAACAAUAUUGCUAAAUAUAAAUAUGACUUAGAUUUAAAGAUUUUAGAAAAUUUGUAAAAGGAAAAAAAGCUAAAUCCUUCAAAAACGAACAAUCAUAUUUUGAGUGCAAGUGGAAUUGAUUUCCUAAUGAGGCUACUUGAUGUUAAUCCUGAAACUCGUUUGCAAGCAUCAUAAGCUCUAACACAUCACUGGUUUAUUAAUUUUACUACCAAGCCAACUGAUAGCAAAAAAAUAGCUGAAUUUCGCUAAAGUAAAAAGAUGCAAAGUCUUAUCACCAUAUUAGAAUGCUCAGAGAUGAGUGAAAGAGAAUUAGAUCACACACGUCUUUCCAAGCUACGCGGAUUAACAUUUCAAAGUAUUCACACUUAGCAAACGAAUCGAACUUAAACCAAUAUUACUGAUGUUAAUUAUAUGAAUAAAUCUCAAAACCAAAAUAACUAAAACAGUAUUAAUAAUAUGAAUACAAGCUUUUAUAACAACAUCAACAAUAAUAAUGACGUAUCCACAGUCUAUACCUAAGGUGGAGAUUUUAUUAGUGAUGAAGGAAGUGUUUUAAAUAAUUUAAUGCAAACUUUAGUUUAACCUCUAUAACCAAAAUUGAAAAAUAGAGAUAGAGGUUAAACAAACCCUUAGAUAUCAAGCGCAUAUAACUCAACAGAAUAAACAAGUACAAAAUUUGAAUACACUAGGGCUAAGUCAAAUUCAAUGCAUGACGAUACUUAAAAAAUAAUUUGA